CCCCAUAGACAACUGAGCUGAGCUUCCCAGCUGGAGCUCAAACCAGCUCCUAGCUGAGCAUCCUAAACCUUGGGCGGUAAAGGGCGGAGCUGGAGGCUGUGCUGUAGGGUCAAGUGGUACCCGAGAGAAUGAAGCAGGUAGGGCUGCAGGGGUAUGCCGCACUGGGAGGAUAAUGAUGAAAAAGAGCUUCACGGAGGUAGAUGCACUGGCAUCAGCUAAGACUGAACAGGGCCCCUAGUAGUAAGGAGGGUGGGGAAAGCCUAGGUUACCAAGGGAAUAACGCUAGGAGGAGCACAGCGAUAUAUCCGGGAAGAAAGGGUGCUCGUGCAUGAAGGCUACCUGUGCACUUCGAGAUGGCCUGCCACCUAUCUGUUCCUGGUGUUCCCCAGGGCCUAGUGGAUGAUACUGAGGAUGUGUCCCUGGACUUCGGCAAUGAAGAGGAGCUGGCCUUUAGGAAAGCCAAGAUCAGGCACCCCCUGGCUACCUUCUUCCACCUGUUCUUCCGAGUGAGUGCCAUUGUCACCUACGUGUGCUGUGACUGGUUCAGCAGGAGCUUUGUGGGCUGCUUUGUCACUGUGCUCCUCCUCCUGUCCUUUGACUUCUGGUCUGUGAAGAAUGUAACUGGAAGACUCAUGGUGGGUCUUCGAUGGUGGAACCAGAUAGAUGAGGACGGGAAAAGCCACUGGAUAUUUGAAGCCAGAAAGGUCUCUGCAAACCAUAUGGCUGCCACUGAGGCAGAGGCACGCAUCUUCUGGCUGGGUCUCAUCAUCUGCCCGGUGAUCUGGAUCAUGUUCUUCUUCAGUACCUUGUUCUCCCUGAAGCUCAAGUGGCUGGCUCUCGUGAUUGCUGGCAUUUCCCUCCAAGCUGCGAACCUCUACGGCUACGUCCUCUGUAAGAUGGGGGGCGACGGUGACAUGAGCACAGUUGCGGCCAGCUUCCUGCCCCAGGCGGUGUUUCAGACGGAUGCCCCAGAUGACUUUGAGAAGCCCAGGCUGGAAGGACUGGACAUCCACCAGCACUAGAAACUGAUCUCUUUCCGAACAUCCUGGAGGGCCACCUCCUGGCAGAGUUGACAGAACGGUUAUCCCUCAGCCAAAGGGCAGUGAAAGCCACGUGUGAUCCAGGAGGUGCCGGACAGUCGUCAGAGAGCUCACUCACCUGAGGGGUGGUGAGGAUCACCGCCCCAUCAAUGUGUGCGGCAGCCAGAUACUGGACCACCGAGAGGUGCUCAUCGGACGUGCCGGGUGGGGUGUCUAUGAUGAGGUAGUCGACGUCUCCCCAGUCUACGUCUCGGAGGAACUGCUUGAUCAUACCUGGGAGUGGGCAAGGCUGAAUGUGUGCCUUCUUUCCGGCAUACAUCCCCGGAAGCAUCUUUCAGUGUGCGUGAGCAUUCUUAGCCUCAACUCAGUGACACUGCUGUCCCCAGGGGGCAGGAGGUGAGAUCUGUAGACAUGUUGGGUGGCCAUGAUGAAGUCAGGGGCGCUACGGUCAUUAUGUGUGGCACACACGUGUUGUUCCAGCAGUCGCGUGGCUUAAGUGUCAAGGGCGAGAAGGUGCUUGCCCAGCCGUGCUGCCUGCAUCAUCAUAUCUUUCCCCAGAAAGGGGUUUUCAUUCCACACUUCCCUCCUUGACACAAGCCAGCCAUGUGACGGACGCCACACUACAGAUCACUUUGGGAUCCUGCAAGUCUCAAGAGUAGAAAGGCUCCCCGUAGGUAAUAAAAUGUCUACACUGAAAACUA